AUAAUACCUCGGCCGCAUUCUCUUACCAACACAUUUUCUUCUCUCCUUUCCAUACAUAUCUAUCUGUGCUUCUGCUAACAAAUCCAUAUCCAUCUCCCACUUGAUCAAAACCCCCUAUUAACUCCUCUCUCUCUCUCUCUCUCUCUCUCUCUCUCUCUCUCUCUUAACCUUUUACCAUAUUCUCUCAUCAUUUACCUUUUUCCAAUGGAUGAUAUCGAAAUACCUCAGUAUUUCGUUUGUCCUAUAUCCCUUCAUAUCAUGAAAGAUCCCGUAACCGCGAUAACCGGCAUCACAUACGAUCGGGAGUGUAUCGAACACUGGUUAUUCUGCGGCAAGAACACUACAUGCCCUGUCACCAAACUGCCUUUGCCCAGAGACUCCGACUUGACUCCAAACCAUACUUUGAGACGUUUGAUUCAGGCGUGGUGCACCGACAAUGCUUCACAUGGCAUUGAUCGGAUUCCAACUCCUAAACCUCCUUUAAGCAAAGCCCAAAUCGUUAAGAUGCUCAAGGACCUAUGGAACCCUCAGUUUCAAUCCAAAAUUUUGAGCCAGCUAGAACUCAUCGCCGCCGAAAACGAAAGGAACAGGAAAUACAUGGUUGAAGCUGGAGUUCCCAGAGCUAUGUUGUUGUUUCUUUUGAAUAAUUGCUUCAAGAAAAGCCAAACGGAUGGUCUGGAAGAAGCUGUUAGUAUACUUUCAUUCAUUGGGAUUUCUUCUUCCGAAAUAAAACAGAUUUUGAUGGAGAACGAACAGAUUUUGGAUACUCUAACAUGGGUUUUGAGCUGCAGCAUGGGAAAUGAUCAUUUUUCUGUGAAAACACAUGCUCUGUUGGUAUGGAAAUCGAUAGUCGAAAAGGCGAAUUCGAGUGUUUUUGGUAGGCUGAAACCCGAAUUCUUCAAGCUAAUCGUUGGGAUUCUGAAAAACAAUGAAAGAAGUAGUACACCACAAGAGAUCAAUGCGGCUUUGCACAUCAUGUUGGAUACUUGUCCUUGGGGAAGAAACAGAAUAAAGAUGAUCGAAGCCGGAGCCGUAUUCGAGCUGAUCCAAUACGGAUUCGGAGUAACCGAAAGGAAGACCACUGAAUUGGUUUUCGGAAUACUGUUCCAUAUGUGUUCUUGUGCGGAUGGUAGAGCUCAGUUUCUUAGUCACAAAGCAAGCAUUUUCUUGGUUUCGAAGAAGAUUCUGAGAGUUUCACCAGCUGUUGAUGAUAGAGCGGUGAUGAUUCUGUCACUGGUAUGUAAAUACUCGGCCACGAAUACGAUGCUUCAAGAAAUGGUGGAGGUUGGAGUUGUGCAAAGGCUUUGCACUUUGUUUCAGGUUAACUGCGCUUCGUAUUUGAAAGACAAAGCAAGGGAAAUUCUGAGAUCGCAUUCGGGGGACUGGAAAAAAUCUCCCUGCAUAGAUGGAGCGAGAUCUCAGGCUGUUUAAUAUAAUAUAUUGAAUUAAUUAGUAUUUGGAAGGAAAAUUUUUGUUGUUUAUACAAAAUAAUUAAAGAGAAGCUUUCUGUUCAAUAUGUGUAUACUGUGUGUAUAUAUAUAUAUAUAAUUUUUUUUUGUCCUCGGAAAUGAUGCCUCGAGGUAUACGUAUUUCUUUUUUAUGCUAUAUAUUCAUGCUUGUUUUGUACAUCUAUAUACUUUUGGCAUGAACAAAAUAAAUGAA